AUGACUACUUCCUCCGAACACCCAGCGCUCACCGCUACCGGUAGUACCACCUUCUACACUCACUCAACAAACCUACCACCGAACGACGCUAGCAGCUUGCGUAUCACUUCGCUCAUGUUUCCCCAAUUAUAUCUUCGUCUUCCGCACAUGGAUGAUGCUGCUGCACUCCUACAGCUUUUCACCGACUAUCGCAAUGUCCAGUACGACAAGUCAUGCGCCGGGUUAGAUAACGCGGAUGCCAUUGCUAUUUUGAUCAAGCAGUGGCAGGUUGUAGAUAUACCACUACAACGCGUCAACAUUGUUGUCGUGGUUGAAGGCAAGACUGUCGGCACAGGCGGUUUGGGCUGGAUUGGCAGGAGAAAGAGUGAUGGCAAGCUGAUUGGUGAUGCAGGCUUGAUGUUGGACACAUACUACCGUGGCUCAGGCUACGGCUAUGAGUCGUUGUGUAUGGUCAUUGAUCAUGGCUUUGCUGUUUUGGGCAUGCACGAGGUCCACAUAGCAUGCGUAGAUGCUAAUGCUGCGUUCAAGGGAUUGAUGAACAAGAAGUUCGGAUUUCAGGCUGAGAGAAUAGAAGACAAAAUGUUUGGAAAUGAGUGGAUCUGGCGCAUCACGAAGGAAGCAUGGGAAGAGAGUACGCACUCUGCGCGAGGGCGAGAUCAAGUGCAAAAGAAAGUAUGA